AUUAUUUUUAGAGAUUUGAGAAAUUGAGAAGAGGAAGGAGACGGAGACAAACAAUGGCGAUGAUGAGAUUACCAAUUAGCUCGAGGAGCUUCUCAGUUUCAGCUUCUUCAUCCAACGGUUCGCUGCCGGUGAUCGGAGGAUCUAGCGGCGGUGUAGGUCCGAUGAUAGUGGAAUUACCGUUGGAGAAGAUACGGAGACCGUUGAUGAGAACCAGAUCCAAUGAUCAGAACAAAGUGAAGGAGCUCAUGGAUAGUAUCAGUCAAAUCGGUCUACAAGUUCCGAUUGAUGUGAUUGAAGUUGAUGGAACUUACUAUGGGUUCUCGGGUUGUCAUAGGUAUGAGGCGCAUCAGAAGCUAGGGCUUCCAACUAUACGCUGCAAAAUCCGCAAAGGAACAAAGGAAACACUAAGGCAUCAUCUUCGCUGAGAGAAGUUUAGUUUUUCAAAGCAUAAAAGUUUGGUAUGGUAUAGUGAACUCGUGAAGAGUGUGAAUUGUAUAAGAGAACUUUGUAUAAUCUCUGUGAUAGAUUUGGUGAUUCGUUUGUGUUUAGUGAUUAAGUGCCAGAUGAAAAGUAUUGGAUAUUUAGAAUUUAUGAAACUUAUUUGUGAUCACCAAAUUUAAAAGGUUGCAAACAAUCAAACUUGCUAUAACAA